AUCUGUUGCCAAGCGAUUUUCUAGACAGUGGUUCUAUUUUUCCUCGCUUCCAGGGCAAUAAUAGCUUUUUGUUGACGGCUAGCUCGGGGAGGCAAGUGAGCAACACAAUGCCGUCUAUAGGCUAAUUGAUUGCGCGUCAAGUAUUGUUUGCCAUGACAAGAUUUAUCUCAGUUUGGCACGGAAAAGCUCAGCUAUUAACGACUCUGAACAGUUGGCUGACCGUUUGGUUAUAGCGCACGCGACGUUGAGAAUCCGCCCCUCGAUAAAAGCGAUAGCCAAUACAAGGGAAAGCGACCAGCUAGACGGAAGCGAUGACUCGAAAGAGAGAUGACCAGCCUGCGAACCUCGCUCAUCGGUGCGUGUCAUGGUCGGCACUGAUCCUUCAAUCGAAUCGUCAACUUUACGGCAACUUGUAUCAGUGCUUAACUCCAUUGUGUCGUGCGCUAAUCCAGGAUAGCUUAAGAGAAAUAAUAUGCUUACAUUGGCUUCGGGAUGAGCCCGUUUCAUGGCGCACAAUCACUCCAUCAAUUUGUAAACGCCCAGUCUACUAUUGGUGUCCCUUGAAAUUGAAGUGGUCGACAGUUGGGACACGACCGGAAGACGUUCAAGCAAUCUUGCGUAAAGUCGAGCAAGAUUUAGACCACAAACAGAGACAAAGGAAUUCGACGCUUCAACAACUGUGAAAUCAAUCAAGAUCAGAGUUUAGUGUUCUUGCAGUGAGACGGCACAGGAUUCUGACGGGUGCGAACAUGUCGUCAGACUAUAAUGAUCACGCAUCAGCGAAGCGGCGCUAUAUGCACGUCGCAUUCGCAGCUUACCUCGGAUCACUGUCGAUUGGCCUGGCUGUCGGUUUUUCAUCACCGGCUAUGGAGGAAUUGGCAGGCGAAUUCGACAAAUUAGACAAGUCGUUAUUUGGGAGUAUCCUGACAAUCGGCGCCCUUAUCGGCGGACUUUUAGCUGGUGUUGCUGGUGAAAAAAUUGGUCGCAGAGGCACGAUUCUAGCCACGACAGGGCUGUUUUCCGUUGGCUGGCUGCUGGUCCUUACCAGACAGAACGCAGCUAUGCUCUAUAGUGCCCGCUUUAUUCUAGGGACAGCAUGUGGUAUUAAUUGUAUGAUAGUGCCUGUCUACUUGGGAGAGGUGAGCACUCCAGAACACCGUGGAAUGCUGGGUACUGGUCAUCAAUUUAGCACUGUUUUCGGCGUCUUUAUAGCCUACUGUUUAGGUUCUGUCAUCAAUGUGACACUGUUAGCCAUAGCAUCCUUGGUGCCCGUCGCAGCUACCACCAUUAUGUUCUUUAUGCCCGAAUCACCAACUUGGCUGGUCAAAAAGGGCAGACCCGACACCGAGCUCAUGUUUUCCCUAUACUCUCUCUUCGGGCGAACAAGGUACGCGGAGGCGCAACGCGAUAUUCUAAUGGACUUAAAAGAAGACGACGGCAGCUAUUUUACUAUCUCGGAUAUGGUCAGACCCCCAAUUCUGAAGCCACUUGGUCUGGCACUGUCGCUCAUGUUUCUCCAGCAAAUGUCGGGCAUUAACGCUGUGAUUUUCUACAUGAAGGACAUUUUCGCAUCAGCCAAGACAUCGAUAGAUGAAAACGUGGAGGCUAUCAUCAUCGGCGGGAUUCAAGUCAUCUUUACGAUUCCGACUGCCAUCAUGAUUGAUCGUGCUGGCCGUCGCGUUCUUCUGCACAUUGCUGGCAUCAUUGAAGCCGUUGGGUUGGCCCUGCUCAUUAGUUUCUACCUAAUAAAGCACAGUUAUCCAGAAACAGCUAGUCACAUGGCAUUCCUUCCUGUGAGCGCUUUGUCACUCUACGUGACUGGAUUUGCAAUAGGCUACGGGCCCAUACCCUGGUUAAUGAUGGGCGAACUGAUUCCUGAUCGGGCUCGUGGCGUUGGCACAGGCCUCUUAACCGCGUUUAACUGGUUCUGCGCUUUUCUGGUCACAAAUUUGUUCCCAAAGAUAAUGGACCACUUUGGAGAAGAGGUGGCCUAUGGAAUCUUUUUAGGUAUAGUGAGUAUCGGCGUCAUCUACGUUUUCGUCUUUAUACCAGAAACAAAGGGUAAGACCUUUGAGGAAAUCGAAAUAAUGUUCCAGAGUCCACAAUUAGACAUAUCGAUCGAAAGCGGCGGCCAAAGGAAUGGUUUGCAAGUCGUGUAGCACGAGAAGAGUCAGAUCACAGUCACGAACUCUGCUACUGUUAUAUGCAUUUAUGAAGUAAUAACUAACCAUUGGUGUCAACGUACGCUGACUAAGACUAAUGAAGACGAUGUGCAAAACAUUCACAUAUAAAUUAUGUAACACAUACAACUACAAAAUAGUAUAGCCAGGUUGCCAAAACGUAUGAUAAGAUCUUGAAGAAUUCCAAUGACGAUCGUGAUGAUGUAGCUAUAGUAGAAAUAAUGACUCGAUCAUAACGUCUUAUAUAUAAUAUGAUAAUUAAUUUAUAUUAUUUUACAAUGCAAAAAACACUUCUGCUAGUUUUUCCUUGGUUCUGUUAUGUCACAGACUGCGUGAGCAUUGGACGAAAUACACAUUUUAAUAUUUAUACAAUAUAUAGCCAAAAAACCAUUCAACAUAUUGGUAGAUCAAAGCCGUCAUACAUAUUUCAAAUCAGACCAGUAGCAUUUUACGUCAGAGUGAACGGGAUAAAUAAUAAUAAUAAUUAAGAAAGAAAAACUUUGAUGGUGGUGUAAUAGUAGUUUACCGAUCGUAUUAAUGCAAAAACAGUAGACCCCGCUAUAUGACAAUCAACUUAAAUUAAUUAAUUAAAUUGUAUAUAUAUAAGUUCGGCGGAAGUUUACGUUGCACUUCUGCUAUUGGCAAAUCUGCGUGAGCUUACAUGAUGAAGAUGAAUCUUUUUUGCCAUAACAUUCCCAUGUGGAAAUGCGAAAACAUUUGUUUCGCUCUUAAUAUCAUAUUGAUUUGACGACUUCAUCACUCAUUUUUGUAAAAUCUAUGUGAAAACAUUUGUAGAGGGCGGAAAGGUUUAGUAUCAUGACUCAUUAAAAAUGUUUGGUUAUGUUUCUUUAGAGGUCCCUUUCAUUCUGGAUACUUUUGCGAGCUUCGCGAACUUUUUUUUAGUCAGAAUAUAACCCCUAAAAUGUAACGACUAUGGAUACUUAUACAUUUUUUUUUGUUCCAGUUAACACUGGACGUAUAUCUUCUAGUCGAUUUAAUCAGUCAUCUACGUCGAUGACUGCGGAGUGGUCUUGAAUGAUUUGCCCUAAGAUAUUACUUAGUUAAUGAUUGUUUUAUGGCUGGCACUGCGGAAAAAUAUGUGAUGGUCGCAGUUGCUGAUUCAAAUCACCUGGAAGGGAGUGAAGCACAAAUCAUCAUUUUCCUAUAUGCACCUGUUAUAUUUUCAUUGAACCUAGAUUGUACCACUGUAUUUUCCGAUUAUUGAAGUAUUGUUGUACUUGUAAGAAAACCAAUAGAAGCUCCGAAUUAAUUAUAAUUAUGUAAUUCAAGUUGUGCUUGUGCUUCGCUGGUUAUACUCACUUUCGAAAGCUUACUUUUGGCUUAUAGAUAAUAUAGAACGUAAUAUUUAGAUAUAUCUGAAGAACAAGCCGCGUUUGACGCUUGACAGGGCCAUUGUGGACAAGGCAGCCCUGGAAGAGUAAAACACCUUCCACGAUUAAGUAGAACUUCUGGGAAUUUUGCUGAAUG